AUUCUCUUUCGUCGCUUACCUCGUUCGCCUCCCUCGUCUUUCAUCCCUCUUAAUCAGAUGCGAUGGUCUCUACCCGACAUGCAUCAUUCUGACCAACUACCAAGUACACCCCGCAUUGUUUCACCCUUGCCGGUGACCGAAGCCUCGAACACGACCAUGAUCAAACAUCGCAGGCCGCAUCGAAAGUCUAGACAGGGGUGUGCCGACUGCCGGAGACGGAAGAUCAAGUGCAGCGAAGACAGGCCUCGCUGCUCAGCAUGUGACCGCCGUGAUGUCCCGUGCCUGUACCCGGACGCUGCGCGAGCGACUUCCUCGGGCCCGGUGGUGGCACGUGGCGCAGCAAAAACGGCUCUCGGCUCCGAUCUCGCUCGCGGUUACGCCUCUCCGGUGUCCUCCGUCACGCUCGUCAAUAGCUCCCGGAGCCUACUCGCAAACGGGACUGAUCCGGACUGCCAUGUUUCACCUCUGUGUUCAGCGCCGAGCUCAUGCAGUGACGGCUUGGUCAGGGCCAGCGGCGUACCCCCUGACUGGUUCAGCAUGGAUGACAUGAUUCUACUGCACCACUGGAUCAUGUACACCAGCCGCACGAUCAUCAAGUCGCCUGCUGUCGACCACUGUUGGCAACUGACUUUCCCACAGAUCGGCUUCCGCCACUCCUUCAUUAUGCACGGGCUACUGAGUCUGGCGGCCCUGCACCUCGCAUACACGGACGUCGCUAGUCGGAGACAGCGGAGCCUCGACGCUGCCCGUCACCACAGCACCGCCUUGGGAGGGUUUCGCGAAGGUAUUGAGCGUAUGCUGUCACAAGAGGACUACAGUAGUAGUGAUGCCCUGUUUGGAUGCUCCAUUCUCAAUAUCGUCUACAUCUUCGGCAUGCCUGGCUGUCACCCAGACGUCCUUAAAAGCAGAUCCGACCCCAGAGAACGUACCACCCGCAUCCUUAGCGGCGAAUGGAUUCCCAUGAUCCGCGGCAUCGGGGCCGUCGUCCGCCCGGUCUACGAGCGUGUCCGUCUUGGCCCGCUUGCCCCGCUCCUGAGUCUAGAUCGCUGGGACCAGCUUGACCCGGACAGCGACAUUACCAUCCAAGACGAGCGAUUCUGCGGCGUCCCCGAGACGUGGGCCACCCUCGGCGCCUCAGAUGUUGACAUUUAUGAUGAAGCAUGGCGCAUGCUCCGUCGAUGCCACCUCUAUACUGUGCAAUUCGAGGUCGAUUUCAUUGUUGCCCAGGGGUCGCAAGGCUUGCCACGCGAGAGAGAGCCAGGACGGGAGGGGGAAAACACGUACAAUCGGCAGUGGGCCGGGCCCAUAGCCUUCCUACACGAGGCCACUGAGGAAUAGCUUCAACGAGUGUACCAACGGCAGCCCCCGGCACUGGUUAUUUUCUCUUACUUUGGCGCUCUGUUACACGACCUGGACGACUACUGGUUUCUCCAGGGCUGGGGUCGGGAUAUUGUCGAAGUAGUCGACGAAACGUUAGGCAUCUACUGGAAACCAUGGAUGAAAUGGCCUAGAGAGGUAGUUGGACUACAUUAGCUCGGUGUACAGGCUUGACUUACAGACAAAGAGGCGAAAAAGACGUUGUACACGAUCAUCCAUCUGUAACAGGAGGAACUGACCUAUUCAUGCACAAUCGUUGCACUACCAGUCGCAUUAAGCUGCUUAGUACGAAUGAAAGUAAGGCCAGC